CUUUUGAUUGAUUCGCUUUGGAUUUUGCUAAAGGAUAACGUGGUAGAAUGGAGAAAGCAGUCGCUAAUAAGCGUUUCAAGGACCGAGUUAUUAUCAUCACUGGUGCAGCGGGUAGCUUUGGAAGUAACUGUGCCAAUCGAUUUGCGUCAGAGGGUGCCAAGGUAGUGAUCACUGAUGUUGUAGAAGAAACAAAGCUUCGGGAACAAGCAACAACCAUUGAAAAGGAGUUCAACACAAAGGCAGUUGCGAUACGUUGUGACGUUACUAAUUAUUCUCAUGUAGAGCACGUAGUCAAAGCAGCACACGACGCUUUUGGUAGAAUAGAUUAUUUGUUCAACAACGCAGGUUAUCAAGGUCUUUUUGUCAAGGCCUUUGAUUAUCCAGUCGAUGACUUUGAAAAAGUGCUUAAAAUCAAUACACAAGGAAUAUUCCACUUUUUGAAGGCAGUCUCCACAUAUAUGGUGAAGCAAGGCCACGGGGCAAUCGUGAACACUGCUAGUCAGGCUGGAGUAGAUGGUGCUCCCAAUAUGGUGGCUUAUGCUACUUCCAAAGCUGCCGUAAUUGGGAUGACUAAGACAUCUUCAAGAGAUCUAGCUCCUUACAAUAUUAGAGUGAAUGCGAUAUCACCAGCAUUUAUCGACUCUGGGUUUAUGUGGUUUAGACAGUGUGAAUUGCAAGCUCAGACGAAUAGUAUAUACUAUGACAAAGAUCCCAAAGUUGUUUCUCAGCAAAUGCUGAAUAGUGUUCCUAUGCGUCGUGCUGGAACAGUGGAUGAAGUCAUUGGUACUGUAGCCUUUCUAUUAAGCGACGAUGCUGGUUAUAUUACUGGGAUGAAUAUUCAAAUAACCGGAGGUAUUCUUUGAAGGACAAUGACAACACUUUUCUGAGUUUGUUGUGUGGCCAAUAAACAAAGAAUGCAAUGAUCCAGUGAAAUAUA